AUGUCGUAUUACUUCACUGGAUCUCCUCCACCAAAGAAGAGGGCUCGAGCUGAUUGUUUCGAAGAGGACGAAGACUCUGCUGACUCAGAUGAUUCGUUCAACGAUCCGGUCCUUGCCGAACCUAGCCAGAUCACCCAGGCAAUAAUGCAAAGAAGAGGGGGCAGUCAGUGUAAUGAAAAUACUCCAGCCGCUGCCAGUUUUGGUGGACGAAAUGUGUCAAUUUUAACUUCUCCAACACGUGCCCCAGCGUCCGACUGUGCGACCAGCGGGAGGAAACCAUUCUCCAGGACAGCGACUAUUGGCACUCCACGUCGUUUCAAUGCACAGGAAAAGAAUGACUACCACCACAAUGGUCAAGUUUUAAUGCUGAAAAAUCGUGUGGAGAAUUUGGAAAGAGAGAAAGAACGCGCUGCCGCUGCUACACGUGACCAGUUAAUAGCAAAGGAAAAAGAGCAUGCUUCUGAAAUGAGCAGGAGAGAUGAACGAAUACAAGAGUUGGAAGCUCAAAUACAAAGUCUACGUCAAGAAAACCUGCAAAGCAGCUUCCAGCUCCAUAACGUGUCGCUCUCCGGAACGGUAGACCUUGAAAUGACCGGCGUAAACACCACUCUGCCUCCUGGGCCUUUACUGCAUACGAAGAAAGUGAAUUUCCCUCGAAAUGACAUGCGAUGGAAAACUGUCGGGCGAUUUGGAGCUGCUGCAUCGGUUUUCGGUACUUCUUCGACCAGUGGCGUUGGAGUUGAUAUUUGUUCGCGAUCGUUUGCUCAUAUGCCCAGUCAGAUGCUCAUGGAUCCACAAGGUCUCGAUCCAGUACCGCGCCUUUCCUCGGCAACGCCCGCAUUCGAGAAGACGGCUGCAUGCACCGAAGACAAGGAAUGUCAAGUCUCCAGAGUCGCCGAAGAUUGGAAUGUACACAGCGUCAUGAAGGAAUCGUCUCUGGAAUCACUCCUCAACAUUUCAUUGAUAUCCCAAGAAGAAAACUUUGACCUUUCCACUUUAAGCAUGCUUUGUAGAGCAAGCCAUUAUAUGGACCUGAAAAGUCUUUUGACAACACAAGGACCUGUUAAUGAUUCCUCUUUUUCUUGA